AAAAAUGCUUUACCCCUACAGAUAGCUCCCAAUCGAAGUGGGAAUGAUGCGAUUGGCGCGUUUUACGCAGGGUUUCUCGCUUAACAAGAAUGUGGCCAAGCAUCGCGGCAGUGGCAGUAGCAACGGCGGUAACGGCACCGGAAACGGAAGCGGAAGCGGGACCGGAAACGGCCAGGGAUUAGGUGGCAGCUGCAGUGCCAACGGCCUGGCAGCCAGUGGCGGCGUUGGAGGGGGCGGUGGGAGUGGCAGCGGCGGCGGUGGGUGUGGCAGCGGGAGUGGCAGUGGGAGUGGCAAGCGGAAAUCAAAGGCAAGAACAAAGUGCUUCGGUGGCACAGUGUUUCGGUGUUGCCUCCCUUGUCGCGGGGGCGGCUCCGCAGCCCCCGCCACAAGUCCGCCCCAAACACCAGCCCAAACGCCGGACGAGCUCAAGGCCAUCCCGGAGGAUAGUUAUCUGGAUAAGUCCGCGGAGCAAAAGCGCGAUUUACAGGAGCGGAACAACAAGGACGAGGACGAUCUGCUGAACCGCACCGGAUCCGGAUCUCAGCUGGAUAUUUACGGCGACAUCGGCGGCGGUACGAAGAAGCAUUCGCUGGCAGACACCAUCGACACAUCGGUGACCACCCCGAUCUCCCUUAAGACCCUGAUCAACGACGUCGAGGAGGAGCUGGACCAUCAGCUGAGUGCAGCAGAUAUUGCAGCUGCCAGUUUGGCCAGCGGUCUGGUUGCCCGCCGAGCGGAACCAGAAACCCUGAGCGACGCCAGUGUCUCACCCACCGCGGUGGUGCAGCAGCAACAGCAGCAGCAGCAGCUGCAGCAACCACUCUUGCAAACACAACCAAAUUUUGUGCCCAGCAGCGGCAACAUCCUCAGCCAGGUCACCCUCUACAGCGGCAGCAAUCCCUCCACGAAUCCCUGCCAGAGUGCGGUGCAAAAUCAAGGCCAAAACUCCAAUACCAAUCAAAAUCCCAAUCAGACUCCAAACUCAAACCCGAACCAGAAUCAACAGCGUUGCAGUUGCCAGCCGCAGACUUCCCCGUUGCCGCAUAUCAAGGAGGAAGAGGAGUCCGAUCAGGCCAACUUUAAACACCAGUCGAGCCUGAAGGAUUAUCAGCCUCUGCCGCCGCCGAUCACUAUAGCAAGUGGCUACUGUGGCAGCUGCGAGAGCGUCCAUCACUCGUCGGCCACCUCGUCUUCGGCGGGCACAGUGCCCACUGGGGGUCAGCAAGCUCAGGAGUACAUUGCAGGUACCUCUUCCACACCCUCGCCGCGCAUCAAACUAAAGUUCCGCAAGCCGCACAAGUCCUGCUGGUCGCGUAUCGUCCUUGCGCCCAUUGGUUCGGCGGGUGGCUCCUCAUCGGCCACCACUGUCAUUGGCAGCAACUCGAACGAGACCUUGGCCUCUAGCAGCACCACCGGCGGCACAGCCACCACCACCCAGAACAGCAGCAGCGUCAGCGUUGCCGCGCACCACCGUCUGACCUCGUCGUCGGCCUCCGCCCUCGCCACCUCGCACCCCAGCAACUCGCAGCUACUGCCCACCAGCAAGAUGCAGGCGGAGCAGGGUUCCAUUGGCGACCUGCAGAAGUACCACAGUCGGUACCUCAAGAAUCGUCGCCAUACUCUGGCCAACGUUCGGUAA